CCGCCCGGCUCGCUCCCAACCCAACCAACCUCCCUCCCCGGCCGGCCGGAGAGCUUGAGUGCUUGACACGCUCGUGCCCCAGCCCCAGCGGCCAAUCCCACCUACACGUAACUACGGGGUAAACGAAGGAUCGAGGAGGAGGAGGAGGAGGAGGAAGAAGAAAACGAUGUGACGCGUUUAAUUUCCCGGUCGCAUUAACGCCGGAUCACAUCAACUUUGCCCUGAUCGCAAGCAGGCCACAAUUACCAGAUCCCCGCGUGGCCACAGCCUCUUCUUCCUCUCCUGUGGCCACCUCCUGUUCCACCCAGCCUAACCUCCCUCCGUCUCCGUGGUCCGUGGACAAGUCACCAGCCAUUCGGACGCUGCUGCGACUUACGAGCCGUGGAUCGGACCAACGACACGCGGAGGCGGCGGGCCACUGCCGUCCGAUGCGGAUGACGGCGCGCGCGCGCGAGUUCGUUCGUUCGUUGGCAGGUUUAUUCAACUCCCGCUUGGCGCCAACGCGGUGCACGACGACCAAGGGGAAAGCUAUAUCUAUCACGAUCCGCACCACGAGCUUCCCUGGUCCAGCUCGAGGAAGAGAAAAAAAAAGGCUAAUAGCUGAUUGCUCAAGUGUGUACGUACUCUACGUACGUGGACAGGUCGUGGAGGGCCGGCGAGCUAACGAGCGAGCAAGCCAGCCAAGCAAGGUGCGGUUCCCAUGGCCGGGUCGCGUGGCGGCGAGCUGAGCGACUACCUGGACCGGCCGGAUGCCAUCCACCGGCGCACCGCGUCGCUCGCCAUCGCGCGUUCCGGCGACGAUGGCCCGCGCAUCAUGGACGGGACGGGACGGGAGGGGCGAAGGGCGCGCUCGUCGCGCCUCUCGCUCUCGUCGUGGCUAGGGGCCGCGCCGCGCUCGAGGACUCCUCCUCCGGCGCCCGCCGCCAGCGAGGACUACUCGAGGAGCGCCGCCGAGGGGACGUCGUCUGCGUCGGCAUGGAGCAGCUGGAAGAAGCCCAUGCGCGCGCUGUCCCGCAUCGGGAAGCGCCGGGCCGGGUGCCUCUUCUCCGUGGAGGUGGCCGCCGUGCGCGGCCUGCCGGCCUCCAUGGCCAGCCUCCGCCUCGCCGUCUCCGUCCGCAAGGCGGAAUCCAAGGACGCGAUGCAGACCAUGCCGGCCCGCGUCUCCCGCGACGGCUCCGCGGAGUUCGACGAGACGCUCUUCGUCAGGUGCAACCUCUACUUCACCGGCGGACACGGCACCGGGAAGCCCCUCAAACUCGAGCCGCGGCCGUUCGUCGUGUCCGUGCUCCCCGUCGAGGCCGCGGACGUCCGCCUCGGGACCUACGCCGUCGACGUCAGCGCGCUCGUGCUCGACUCCCUCGCCAAGAUCAACGGCUCCGAGGGCCGCCGUGUCCGCCGGUUCGAUCGCGCGUUCCGCCUCGCAGGCAAGGCAGCCGGCGCCGAGCUCGUGCUCACGCUCGGGUUCCAGCUCAUGGACGACGCGGGGCUUCGCCUCUACAACACGCAAGCCGCGGCUGCUGGGAGAUGGAGCGCCGACGUGUCCUCGUCUCCGUCCCCCGCUCGCGCGAGGACUCACAGCAAGAAAUCUUUCAGCAUCGUGGCUAGCAGCACGCCGAAGCUUUCAUCCGGCGACGGCGCUAUCUCGCCUUCCAUGAGAGCUUACCGGCAGCUGCUCGACCGGCUCAACGUGGAGGACAAGCGUAGUACCGGCGACGACGACGAGCUUUCCGCCAGCGACGUCGACUACCAGCAGUACGAGGUGAUCGAUAAGGGCGUGGAGAAGGUCAAGGAGGUAGUCCACUUCCAGGAGCAGCGGGACGCGCUGCGCGAGCUCGACUCCAUUGCCGAGCAGAUCGAGGCCAUCGAGGCGCUGAUGACGAGCGGCGGGAACCAUAGCAAGUCGCCCAGGGUAGUGGGCCAGCAGCUGAACCUCGACGCGGAUGAAGAGAUGGUGACCGUGGAGUUCCUCAGGAAGCUCGAGCUGGUGGCUGACGACGAUAAGAACGGCAGCAGGAAGCUGAAGCAACCCAUGACGCCGAGGUCGGAGAAGAAGGCGGCGGCGCUGAGAGAGACGCCUCCGUCGCCGGUGGUGCCGGACUUGGGCCCGAGCCUCGGCCCGGCGGUGCGAACGCGCGACGGCGGGUUCUUGGUUUCCAUGAACCCGUUCGACGUGCCGCUCGCAAGCAGAGACGUUCCCCCGAAGCUCGCCAUGCAGGUGUCGAGACCGUUCGUGCUGCCGAGCGCCAUGGCCGCCGCUACCGGGUUCGACGUGCUCCAGAAGAUGGCGGCCGCGGGCGGUCUCGACGCGGUCCGGGACAAGAUGGCGUCGCUGGGGAGCAUGGAAAGCCUGACCGGGAAGACGCCCGAGCAGGUUGGGUUCGAGGGCAUCGCGGAGGCCGUGAUCGCAGGGCGGCGCACCGAGGAGGGCGGCGCAACCGCGAGCUCGAGCGCAGCGAGGUCGGUGCGGCUGGUCCGGAGGCUGGCCGCCGCCGUGUCAGAGGGCCGGAGGGAGCGCGUGGCCACCGGGUUCUGGAGCGCGGGGGGGAGCGACCCGGAGACGGUGGAUGAGGUGCUGGCCUUCUCGCUGCAGAAGCUGGAGGCCAUGGCGGUGGACGCGCUCAUGGUCCAGGCCGAGAUGGCCGACGAGGGCGCGCCGUUCGAGGUGGCCGCGGGGGAGACGGCGGCGGACGUGUUUGGCUCGCUGGUGCCGGCCGACGAGUGGUGGUCGGAGUCCGGCGGCGGCGGAUCAGACGGGCGCGUCACGGUGGUGGCGGCCGUGCAGCUGCGGGACCCGUCGCGGCGGUACGAGGCGGUGGGCGCGCCCAUGGUCGCCGUCGUGCAGUCGGCGCGGAUGCUGGGCGCGGCGGGGGUCGCCGGCGGGAGGUUGAAGGUGAGGAGCCUGCACGUGGGCGGGGUGCAGGCGAGGUGCUCGACGGAAGGAGGGAGCGCGAGCUGGCGCGCGGAGAGGGAGAAGCUGACGGCGAUGCAGUGGGCGCUGGCCCACGGGCCUGGCCGCGCCGGCAGCAGGAGGGCCACGACGCCGCAGGCGAGGGCGAGGCAGCAGCAACAGCAGCGGCGGAGUGACGUGGUGUGGAGCCUGUCUUCGCGGGUGCUCGCCGGGAUGUGGCUCAAGACGGUGCGCAACCCGGACGUGAAGAUUGGCACCGCCGCCGCCGGCAGCACGUGACAUCGUCCCUGACGGAGCUGCAACGUUUUACGAGUGGUGACUUGUGAUCGGUGCCGUGGGGUGCGUGGUACAUAUGCAGAUUUCAAUAGUGCAUACAGCAGUAGUACAGGAUAAACGCGUGUUGACCCGUUUGUUACAGGCAGGUUUAUAUCGUGUAUCUGUGCUGGUGGAUUUUGUUCAGUGUGUGUGCUAGAGUUGACCCGUUUGUUACAGGCAGGUUUAUACCGUCGUGUCAUGCUACCCCAAGGCGCAUUUUUCAACGAGAAGACUUCAAAUAUUCUAAGCAGCGUGUCAGCGUUCAAAGAUUCAA